UAGAAAAUUAAGGCUGGACUGCAGAGCCUGACCCUUAACUGGCCUUUGGCAAUCCCCUGAAUACAAACCAGAUACAGGGUGUGUGUGUGUGUGUUUAACUGCAAACUAAUGAGUUCUCCUUCAAAACCCUUAUUUGGUGCACACAUCUGGCUCUUCCACAGGAAUUUUAGCCGAGCAAAGAAGUUGGAGUUAAUUUUGAGUCCCUGGAAAAGCUGCUGGUUGGCGGUGGUGGCCAACAGAAGUUCCUACCUAGAAAGGAUCACUCAGAGUUCUGGCUGAGAUUCACUCAAAGAAAACCCAAGAGAAGAUGAAGUGGCAAGAGCAAAGAAGUGCUUUCAGUGCAACCCACUGCCGCCUGUUGACCAAAAGGAGCUGGAGGAUUCUUCCUGGGAUCACUGCAGCUCGAGCCAUGAGAAGCUUUCUUCUUAGGGGACAGCUGCCCCUCCUGCUGCUGCUCUCUGGCCUGCAGAGUCGCACGGAGAGUUCUGAGAUUGCAAUUAAAAUGAACUUUGACUUGGCACCAGAUUCUUUUGAUGAUCAGUAUCAAGGCUGUAGCAAAGAGGUCAUGGAGGAGCUAAAACAAGGAGAUUAUUUCAUGAAAGAACUACAAGCCCUUAAGAACUACUCCAAGAUAUGGCAGAAUGCCCACUUGACCUGGUUGAACCAUGCAAAAGCUCUUCCCAAGAGCAUGACUAUUUCCCAUGCAGUAGCCAUCCUGAUUUAUACACUGAACAGCAAUGUUCGCUCUGACUUUAUGAGUGCCAUGACCAGGAUGGUCAGGUCCCCACAGCAGUAUGAGCAUUCAUUCCCUUUUAAGUAUCUACACUACUACCUGACCUCAGCAAUCCAGUUGCUGAGGAAAAACACUGAUGGGAAGAACAACAGUCUGUGUUUCGAGGUGCAUCAUGGCACCAAGGAUGUCUCCUUCAAGGCCUACAAAGGGGCUACCAUUCGAUUUGGUCAGUUUCUCCCCGCCUCCCUCAUAAGAGAAGAAGCAGAGAGGUUUGGGAACCAAACACUAUUUACCAUACAGACCUGCCUCGGUGCACCUGUGCAAGACUUCUCCCUCAAGAAAGAAGUUUUAAUCCCUCCUUAUGAGUUCUUUGAGGUCAUAAACAUGAGCUACUACCCAAGAGGAUACUGGGUGCAACUGCAGUCAGCUGGGAACCAGAGCACAUACAACUGCCAGCUGCUAAAAGAUUUCAGCAAGAAGUACAACCCUGCUCCUACAGUUAUUGCUUUGCUUUUCUUUUUUACCAGUGCCAUUGUCUAUGUCUAAAACAGGAUAUAAAGGAAUCUGUGGUCCACAGACUGCAUUGCUGUGACUGGCAAACUCAGGCCAGGCAGCAUGCUCUGAGAACUUGGGGAUAUGGGGUUGCAAGAAGUCCAGAGUGGCACAGGUACAACAAGCAGGGAUUUAAGGGUUCAUGUCAAGUAGGGAAUGACUCAACAGCCUCUUCCAUGGACAAGGCCACUGUACUUACAAGGCUAGAUCAUGGAACCCACCAGCAAGCAUUGGAACAGGGGAAUAGGUAAUGUGAAGAUGGGCCAUGACGCCAACCAGUAUGUGGCAAUCUGUUCUGGGGUUACAAUCUGUGCAGGACUAUGUGGGUUCACCCAUGUGGAACAGUAACCUCCAUUGGUACAUGCAAGAUAUGUGGCUAGGAACAGACCUGGUUGGGGAGCUAAGAAAUGCCCUGGCUGGGUCAGGGUUCCCACUGGCAAGCACAAGAGCCAGAAUGGGACACUGGGCUACAUGUGGCUGCAGUCUCCCCCAGCAAGGUUGAGGACUAGGUCUGGGGAGUGUCAUACUGGGCUAGACUCCAACACAUCCACUGGUACUCAAGUGAGCCAAGCUGGGUGUACAAUGGGCUGGGCUAGGUCUCAGCUCCCACUGAAUUACGUGAGAGCUAUGUCAAGGCAUGGACCAGGUGUGGCCGGGCUGCAACACCCAACAGUCAAAACCAGUCAGACAUUGGAAGUGUAUCCUCAUGCACAGAUUGGCAAGAUCAACAGUAUUUAAGAACUAUCACAUUCAUCUGGGCAGAAUCCUCAGAGUGUGUGCCACAUUGUGACCCUGGGUUAAUACUGGGUAGCCUUUUCCCAUCCCUGAGUACUGUGGUGGCUGGGAGGCUGGGUAUGGCUUCCUACCUUAUCUCUCCUCUCCCCCAGAAAUGAGAAGAAAUA